AUGGCAAAGACAACGAUAUCUCCCAAAGUGAAGGAAGUCGGGAGGAUGAGGAAACCCUGCACUCUGAGUAGGGAUGUCUCUCUCUCUCUCCGUCCGCGUAGUUACGGCGUGUUGCUGUGGGAGCUGCUGACGGGCGAGGUCCCGUUCCGGGGCAUCGACACCCUGGCCGUGGCGUACGGCGUGGCCAUGAACAAACUGGCGCUGCCCGUCCCCUCCACCUGCCCCGAGCCCUUCGCACGCCUCAUGGAGGAGUGCUGGAGUGCGGACCCUCACUCCCGGCCCACCUUCUGCUGCAUCCUGGACCAGCUCACCGCCAUCGAGGAGUCGGGGUUCUUCGAGAUGCUGGCGGCCUCAUUCCACUCGCUGCAGGACGACUGGAAGGUGGAGAUCCAGGAGAUGUUCGACCAGCUCAGGACCAAGGAGAAGGAGCUGCGGUCGUGGGAGGAGGAGCUGAGCCGCGCGGCGUUGCAGCAGAAGUGCCAGGAGGAGGAGCUGAAGAGGCGCGAGCAGGAGCUGGCGGAGAGGGAGAUCCACAUCCUGGAGCGGGAGCUGAACAUCAUCAUCCACCAGCUGUACCAGGAGAAGCCGCGCGUGGAGAGCCGCCAGGGCAAGUUCCGCCGCAGCCGCCUCAAGCUGAAGGACGGCAACCGCAUCAGCCUCCCCUCAGACUUCCAGCAUAAGAUCACGGUGCAGGCGUCUCCGUGCCACGACCGGCGCCGCAGCGUCCUGGGCAGCGGGUCCAGCCCGCCGGGCAGCCCUCCUCUCCUGACACGCCUCCGCGCCAUUCAGCUCACCCCAGGGGAGGGCUGCGUGGCCUGGGGACGCGGCACGGCCUUCAUGCUGGAGGAAGAGGAGGGAGAGAGGAAGAGCUCCAGGACCACGGGCCGGACACGAGGCUCCGGACCGUACCGGGAACACAGCGCUGAUGCCAGCCUGCGGCCGGCCCACGAGUGCAGCAGGCAGCGGUCCUGCAGCGCCCCCAACCUGCGGAGGUCCCCCCGACAUAGCCCUGCCGUCCCCGGGGUCCCCAGCCUGGUGGAGCUGGAGAACGAAGACUGCUGCUUCAGCAGCGAGCCCAGCCAGUCCCCGGGCCCGUCCCGGGACCCCUCCCCGGGCCAGUCCUACCUCUGCCUCCCCUUCCAGGGCCACGGGGCCGAGGGGGACGCGGGGCCCCGGGACGGCGGCCCCGCGGCCCCGGCCGCGGAGACCACCCCCGUGAAGAGGAGCCCGGGGCGGGGCCGGCGGCCGGAGCUGGUCCUGCUGGGCUGCGGGGCGCUGCUGGCCGCCGUGGGGCUGGGCUUCAACCUGCUGGCCCUGGCCCCGCCCGAGGAGACCGCCAAGCCCGCCCGCUGGGACGGCUUCUUCCACCGGGCCGGGGGGCACCGGCAGAGCUCCAGCCGGCGGGAGAGCCCUCUGAAGACCCCCGCGGCGGUGGUGGCGGCGGUGCCUCCCCCCCCCCAGCCCGGCCUCCCCUCCUCCCUCACCCUCCUCUCGCUGUCCUCCGUCUCCGACUGCAACUCCACCCGCUCCCUGCUGCACGCCGACAGCGAGGAGCUGCUGGCCUGCCGCCCCGCCAAAGCCUCCGCCUCCGCCCGCGCCCAGGCCCCGCCCCCUCCGCCGGCCUUCCAGCCCCGCCUCAACCCGCUGGUCAACACCCACCUGGAGAGCUUCAAGCGCAACCCCCGGCAGUCGCUGACGCCCACGCACCUGCCCUCCGCCCCCAGCGCCGUCCGCUGCCUGAGACGCACGCCGUCCGACGGCGCCAUCAAGAAGAACCUCCAGCCUCUACCCGAGAGGGGCCCCUGGGACGCCCCGGGCGUGUUCCGGCCCCUGAAGGACCCCAGCCCUGAGGUGCCCCGGCUCCCCAACCCCAACCUCCUGUUCCCUCCGACCCCCCGCAGACGCUGCGCCCCGGAACGCCCCAAGACGCUGGACUUUGUGGCGCGGCCGCGGCCCUCCCCCCGGGCCCGCGGCGACGCCUUCUGGCCCGAGCAGAGGCCCAGGGCCAACGGACAGAGCCUGGCGGCCGGCGAGUCCCCGGCCCACUCCUCCAGCACCGAGACCCCGCCCACUGUUGAGUUUGGCCGGGACACGGCUGCGGCGGCGGCGGUGCCGGCCACGCCCAUGGAGGCGGCGCCCACGCCGACAACCUUCUCCCCGCGCCGGGUGAACAACAUCAACAGGAACCUCCUAGACCAGCUGGACGAGGUUCAGUGCCGAGACGGGACGGUUCCCCUGUGCCGGCCUGAACUCAGCUUCCCCAAGGCCUCCCCGUACCACCACAAGCACGGGUUCUGGUCAUAACCGGACCCGGGCUCUGUGCACACAGCCCCCCCCCCCCCCCCCCCACCCCCAUCCAGGUUCGGACCCUCCCCAGUCCACUUGUAGGAUGGUCAGGACCUGAGGGUUCUCCCACGAUGGGUCCUGUUUGUUUUGUCGGUCGGCGUGCGCCCGCUAGGUGAUGGACCACAGUGGUCCAUCAGAAUGAGCACCACUGAAUGCCGAUACACUCCUGAUUGCUGAGGUACUCCAGGUUGGGUUGGUCAGUGAUGGGGAAUUCGAUGGCGUUCCCAAAGUCAUCACAUUUAGCUUUAACAUUUUACCUCAGCAUGUGAAAGACCAGUCGACCAUCCCCUAGACAUGUAUCCUGGACUCUUCGGGGUACUUUGGUAGGAUAUUCAAAAUAUAACACAGUGCCCCUUUAUUUAAAUGCGAAUCUGGAAUUGAGGGUUCCAGCAAAAGUGUGACCUGGGUAACCUCCCCCAUCUGGUGCUUGUGUGAGUGAAUCAGCCACACUUGAUUCUGACUGCAUUACAAGAACUAAACAAUGACAGUAGUCCCACCUACAGACACCAUUUGGCCAAGUUGUAUAAAAAGUUAUUUUCCUGGAAUUAGUGAAUGUUUAAUGAAUGGGAAAUUAGUGAUAAUGGCAUUUAAAACACUGAUAAGCUUUACAUAUCUCUCUCCUCGUUUAAGUUCCUGUUUGAGAUUGUGCAUUUUAUAAGUGCACUUUUGAAAAAGCAUUAUGAUUGUAAAGCUUACAUUUUAACCGUUUUUGUGGUUAUUUUCAAUUGCAAAACAAAUUCACUUUAUUUACUUGAAUGGUCUCUUAAACUGUCAUUCCAUUGGUUGGCAGCCAACGUGUUCACUAGUGUGUCCUGUACAAGUCUUUUUGUAUUGAUGAGCUGUCACCGCGAUCACCUCCGAUCAAUACCCCCAUGUGAGGGAUAUUGUUUCACAAACACAAGCACCUUUUUUUUUGCGUCGAUCGUCAUACGAGCUAUGUUGCGACGCUCUGACGAGCGCUAGGCUAGAGAACGGGAUUCUUCGGCCUCAUGUACUGUUAAACCACGCGGCCCACUAGGUAUUACCACCGUGAAGUGAGGCUGUGCUAUGGACGGACUGACUGCAUGGGCCUCAGUGGGUCUUCGUGAACCAGGUCUUUGCGGUGAGUGCACACCGGUAUCUUUCUGAGUAUUUAAUUUUGUAAUAUUGACAUUUGUUUAUUUAUAUAUUGAUUGAUUUCUUAAUGAAAUGAUGUACUGUAUGUGUGUUUUUUAUUUAUUCAAGGUUAUUUAUUUAUUCAUGUAUCCUUUUGUAAUUCAUUACAUGUGUUAUGUAUAUUUUAUACGGGGGUGGGGCUUCACAACGCAAUUAAUUGUUUGCAAUAACCCUAACGUCAAAACUCGACCGCAAACACUAUUACACUGUCACUUUUUGUUCAAAUUAUAAUUUUCUCACCUUUUCUAAAUAAUUCCCUCUUGGAUCAAUCAAUUAAUCUCGAUCUUUUUAUCCACAGACUAAAUCGUUUAAGUUUGAUGGAAACAACAAUUAAGGAACGUGAAAUAAAAGGUGUACCGGGAUAAAGCCAACUGGCACACCUUUUAAGGUUCACAUUUAUUUGCCCCAACACUCACAUCCACGUUGUCCCUCCUCUGUGACAUCCUGUCAGCUGACCGGUCCGGUAUGACACGAUGUUUGAGAAAUACAACCGGUCAAAUAAAGUCAGAAUCAUCUGCAAACAAGACCAUCUGGUUAAUACUGCGUCUGGUUAAUACUGCGUCUGGUUAACACGAGGUCUGGUUAAUACGGCGUCUGGUCAACACGAGGUCUGGUUAACACUCUCACUCCUGUCCAUCUGAUCCACACGUGACCUCUUUGCCUGGAACAUGCUACCCACUGGGGAACGGAUUUGUGGGGGGACUGGUUCAUUGUUAAUGCGAUUGGAUGAUAAUGUAUCAUGUAAAUGUGAAUGCUUUUUCUCUGCGUAGUCUGGGGGAAUGCUAGAAUCCUGGAUAUCUAACAACACGGCGUCUCUACCUGAUAGUGUAUGGUCCCUCCUCUUGGUGGAAACACGACUGCUAAUAAGCUGAUGAAACCCGGACCCCUACUGGAGACCGAUGGACAAUGUUUCAACCCGGGACUCUGACACCAUGUACGACUGAUUAACUUGUAUUUGCACUGCAACACACACACUUUACUCCAGUAAAAAAAAACGUAGUCCACAC